AUGCCUCCCAGAGCAUCUCUAACACCGUCAGAAAUAGCCGCCCACAAGCGGAACAGCAAAACAAAGGCCAAGGCGAGUCAAGAAUCUGGUGGUGAAAAUCAAGGCGAUACAGAUAUUUGGAAUGAGACAACGGCCAACAGUCGUAAGCGCGCACCCACAGUAACUGGACUGCAAUCAGCACCUGCAGCCAAAUUAGCACGGAAGAUACCUGCAAAAAAGCUAGAUCACAACAAUGCAGACCGUGGUCAAGAAGCACAUGAAGUUAUCAGUCAUGCUGAAAGUCGAGGUCGUGAGAGAUCAACGCGCUCUUCGAAAUCAGCCACGGUGUCAAUUGAAGAUAGUGACACUCUUAGUGAAUACGGAGAGAGUGACGAUGCAUCUGAAAAAUCAGACAACGACAUGGAAGUUCCUGAGGAUGAUGACUUUGAGUCACUCUCCCAGGAGGAACUCAUUAAAGAGAUUCCCCAUUUUGUGCGCAUGGGUAGCAAUGUAUCUGAAUGGAUGGCCUCUGGCACUACUGCCGGUGUUCCUCAAGUUGAUGUUGCUGACAAAGCCUCUGAUGGUCAUUCCAAGCCAUAUUACCGUGAAGCAACAGCCGUCACCAAACACCAGCCAGACAAGAAGAAAGACAAGAAGAAAAAGAGCAAGCUAGAAGAACGACAAGACCUUGAGAGACCUAAAUUUGUGGAGACUGUGGUGCCGCCGCGGCCAGCUUCAGAUGUCACUCAUGUGUCAGCUUCUGAGUCUGAUCAUUCUUUUACAUGGCCCAUAUUCACAGAUCUAGUCUACUCAGCAGACGGCUCUAUCAACCUCAAGGCUCAAAACACCCGGAUACAGAAUGUGUUGAAGGCCGCCAUGUUCGAACUCAAGAAAGCCUCUCUCUUCGACAACGCAUUCCCCAACAUCACUCAGAAGAUGAAGCACGACUUUGAUUACGCACUGGCUCUGGCCGGGAUCCCGGAGGGACGAAUGAGCUCCUUCCACACCAAUCUCAAGAAGCUCGCACAUCAAAUUGUUGUAUCGCAUUUUGGACUCCAGAAAGGCUGCGCUGACAAGGUAGAAGACCUUCUUAAAAGUCACAAGUAUAUUUUUCCAACCGAUGCCAAGGGUAAGGUCCUUGGGGACCAACCAUUUUGUGAUGAGGCUACCAUUGACAUCAUCCGAUUGUCAUUCUUUGAUGGUGGCGAGGACUCAUUUGGCAAUGGAAACAAUGAGCCAGAGCUACCGGUGGCUAUGAUUUAUGUGAUAUUGAAGGAUUGGAGUAGCGGCAACCCGCCUUCAAAUGUGCAAGUCAAAUCAUUCAAUGCCUCCUCCCACGUCGGUGUUUACAAGGCUCACCAAGCGACUCUCAACCGCAUCUUCAAUGGUAGUAUAAAGAAGUACCAUGCACUGAUGGCACGGCUUUACAAGGCAGUCAGUGCAAUCGAGAACUCGGCGUCCACUGCCUCAUCAAGCACUUGCGACUAUCUCGAUCUCGAUGCAAUGGUCGAAGAAUAA